AUGAGCGUCACGGAACCCGCCGAGCCCCAGAAGCCGACGACGCCCGUCCCGUCGCCCAAGGCGGACGCGCCCACCGAGUACGUCCCGGUGACCGAGUACGCGCCGGUCGCCGACGCCGUCCUCGUCGAACCCACGGUUGCCAUGAACGUUGUCGUCGUUGACGCUGGCCUCGACGCCAACGGCCUCGUCGUCGGGCGCUGGAAGGCCGACAUCUGCGCCUGCUUUUCGGACAUGAUCCCGAACUGCUGCAUGGCGUACUGGUGCCCGUGCAUCUCGCUCGCCCAGACCUUGCACCGCGUCGGUCUCUUCACGUACACCAGCACGCUCCUCGUCUUUGCCGUGCUGUACACUGCGCAGUACCUCGCGCAGCUUCUUGCGAUCGUGUUUGGACCAUUGGCCUUCUUCCUCUCGUGGAUUAUCUACGCCUUCGUCGUCGCCGCGCUCAUGUACGUCCGGACGCGCGUCCGCGCCAUGUUUGCGAUUCCCGGCAACGUGUGCGAAGACUGCCUUUGCGCGUGGUUUUGCAGCUGCUGCACGAUCGCCCAGUUGGCGACGCACACCGACUCGUACACGCCCAACGCCUGCAACUUUGGGCCCAAGGACACGCUUGCCGGCUACGUUGUCUGA